AUCGCAACGAUAUACAAUGUGUCAUUUUUAUGUACUUGUAGGAACUGAGUGCAAACAUGGCUGUCAUUCAUUAAAUGGAUUCUGUGAGACCACUGGUGAAUGCAGGUGUAAGUCUGGCUGGCAGGGAGAGCUAUGUGAUCAGUGCAUUCCUUUUCCUGGCUGUUUACAUGGGCUCUGCACCAAACCUUGGGAAUGUGUAUGUGAGGAAGGUUGGUCAGGCAGCCUCUGUGACACAGCCUCCAACAGCUGUUCACCUGCUCACCCCUGCGCUAAUAAUUCUACAUGUAUAGAGAGCGAAGAUGGUGGCUACAUAUGUGUCUGCGGACAGGAGUUUAUAGGAACCCAUUGCCAACUUCGGAAAGGGUCCUGCCACAACAAACGGCCACUUUGUCAGAAUGGAGGAAGCUGUUUGGAUGAUAAUAGGUUCACAUCCAAGACUUAUUGCCUCUGUUUGCCUGGUUUUACUGGUGACUUUUGUGAAAUAAGCAUUUAUAACUGUCACCCAAACCCUUGUGCCAACAAUGGAAACUGCACAGAUCUGUUUUCUGGAUUCAGCUGUGUUUGCCCUAGUGGAUUCACUGGCAAAUCCUGUGACUAUUCAGUCACAUCUUGCCUUAGCCAUCCAUGUCAAAAUGGAGGAACUUGCCAUGACCAUCUUGGAGGAGGAUUUUAUUGUGCUUGCCUACCUGAAUAUGAGGGAGAAACUUGCCAAGAACAAACAUUUGAGAGUGUUAAUCAUGAUGCCAAGCACAAUGUUUCUAAGUAUGCAGGAACACAUUGGAUCAGACGUGGCAAACCCCUCCAAAGACCACUGCAUAAAUCAACGCAUCAACAAGGUAAUGGGAUGCUAACAAUCACAGUCAAAGAAACCAUCCAUAAAUCCAGCUCACUGCUCAAUAGUAGUCAAGUGAUCUGUUUUACUGUGCUUGGAUUAUUGACAUGUCUUGUGAUCCUGGGGACUACAGGGAUUAUCUUCUUCUCAAAGUGUGAAAUUUGGCUGGCAAAUGCUAAGUAUCGUCAUCUCCUCUGGAAACAGAGGAAGCAUCUCCUCCAAGAUAAAGACGAAGACCUUUCAGUCAAAGUUAUCUUUCCAAGUGUGAAUCAAUCAACAAACUAUGGAAGAAACUAUACAACUAUCUGAAUGUUUGUUUGUAAAUGAAUUUGUGUAAAUUAUAUUGAAUUAUGUAACAAUAUAUUUAUAAUUGUUAGUGCAUAUUCCAGCAUUUUGUAAUAACUGUAUCAUUUGAAUGUUUUUGAUAUUUGUUAUAUUUAGAAAGAUAUACAUGAAUUUAUGUGAAUUGUAACUUGAACAAGUGGGAACUUAUCACAAUAUAAUGGUAUAUUUAAAUUACCACAACACUGUAACAUGUAGAAUUGGAUAGCAAUGAAUUAAAUCCUCUUUUAAUUGUGCACAAUCUGCUAGAACCUGACACAAAUGAAUCCU